AUGCUCGCGUCGGCGCAGGUCAAGCCCUUCCACCCACCACCGCCGCCCGGAGCCACUACCCCUCACGCCAGCGGUCCCGCGACAACGCCCAAGUCCCUUUCGCCGAACGGCGACUGCAAAGCCGUCUCCUUCAGGCUGCGCGACUCGCAUUGCGAGCCCAAAACAUUCUACAUCCGACCGCACGAUACGACGGAUUCGAUCAUGGACACCGUCAAGCACCUAUUCGGCAUGUCACGGCAGUACGACCUUGGCAUAUCGUUGGAGGAUGCCGAUGGCCUCUCGUUCAUCCCGAGCUACGAGAAUUUCCUCGAUGGAAUGCCGGUAUACGUGCGCAUCGAGGACAGCCUGCGGAGUAACCUUGUGUAUCGACAUCCGUACAACUUGAGGCAAUCGCAAGGCAUGUCCAAUAGGUCGUCGGCAUUCCCCACGAGCCGCAGCGUUUCGCCACAGAGUAACGGAAGGCGCAGCACCAGUGCCACGGUGAUGCAGCUAUACGGUGGCCGCGGAAGGUCGCUGAAGCGCUCGGCGCUGCACCUCGACUCGGACGCAGAGCAAGAAAUGAUUCAACAAGACGGAUUAUGGUACCGGUUGCCACACCAGUCGUUGCUGCCCGAAGAUGAAGAAGAGCCACGAACGAAGGCAGCCUCCGUCGCAAGCGCUGAUAUCAGCGUUGAGAAUAUUGUUGAAGGGUCGAGAAGGAAACGGCCCAAGUUCUCGUCAGACGAAUUGCCGCUUUUCCCUCCCAUCACGCUCCCCAAGCAGGAUGACUCCCUCUCGUCCAGUCCUGCGCACCGCGUCCCUCAGCUCGCUACUCCAUAUUCCAACCGCCAUUUCAGCUUCUGCCAUCCCAUGUCUCCAUCCAACACAGGAGGGCAGCGCGUCUACCGUUCCAGCGGUUCACAGGCUCAUUACAACGGCUCCGGUGUUGUUCCGACCCCGGCGCCGACUGUGACGUCCUGCAUAUCGGAUGAGGAUGUUGCCAUCCAGCUGAUGCGUCUUGGUACCGUCAAUACCAGUACCGCCACCACAAUGUCGACGACAGACGAGAUGCGUGACGGAUUCUCUUCCGAUUGUGGGGACUUUGGCGACUACGAUGGUCGUAGCGAUACAACCGAACUUCCGGACCCUCUCCCUGUCUCGGGGCUUCCGCUCAGCCCGAUCCUAUACCCGAGGGACCGCAAAUUCAAGAGCUUGGACGAGAUUCUUCCCUCCUUCGAUACCACCGAACCCAGCGACGACGACGACUCGGAGAAUCAGCCUCCCGACCACCCAUUCCCAACGCAGCAACUGCCCAGGGGAAUCGCUAAGAUCAUUAUCCGACGAAAACAGCCUGCACCACUUCAAGCCCGGCCACAGCCGCCUGUCGUGAAGCAGGAACCUCACUACCCUAUCUCUCCAGCAUCGCCUCCAGCAAGUCGAAAACCAUCGGUGUCUUCGUCCGUUUCGAGUGGAAAGGCCAACAAUGCGCGGCCUAACGGCACCGUGAACCCUGGUCUCAACACGCCGCUAUCCCCAGACCAACCAGAAUCGCUUGCGGUCGGCGAACCCACCGAACCGGCCGACGAGCCCAGGCCGAGAUGCCAACGCUGCAGGAAAUCAAAGAAGGGCUGCGAUCGCCAACGACCGUGCCAGCGCUGCAAGGAUGCCGGAAUACCGGCGGAUCAGUGCAUCUCGGAAGACGAAGUGGGCACCAGGCGCGGACGUCAAGUGGCUACAGCAGCCAAGAAGGCCAUCAUCGACAAGAAAUCAAACGGAUUCAAGAACAAGAAGAAGAAGGUGUAA